AUGCAUACCGAAUUGAAGUAUAACACAAUUCGAAUGUCUGAUAACACAACUUCGGAAUGUGAAUAUCGGUGUCUUUAUAAAGAUGGUGAAUUGGAUUUUAAAAUGGGUAAGUGGAUUAAAAUGGAAAAAAAUGCAACAUACAACGAAAGUUGUGAUUUUAUCGAAACACAUUGUACGAAAGAUAAUAAUACAGUCUUCCGAUACAUUCAUACUCAGAUAGUGAAACCGAAAAAUAAAAUAUUCCAAAAGGAAGAUGAAUUGCAUCCAGGUGUAUUUAUCCUAAUUUUUGAUUCUACCUCAUCUUCUUCUGGAAUCCGCUCAAUCAUGAUAACUAAUCAAGUUCUACGUCAAUUUUACGAUGCGACAACAUUUUAUUAUCACAACAAAGCUGGCCUUAACAGUCGUCCAAAUGCUUUCGCUAUGUUUUCAGGAACUCGUAUAUCUGAACUUGAUGAGGGUCGUUUUCCUGGUAGGAGUAAAUCGGAGUAUCCAAAUUCAUGCAAGAAUGGGGUAAAAAGAAAUGAAACUGUAACUUACGAUUUCGUUGAUCAAAAUUAUGCGUCAAUAAUAGCGGAAGAUUGGAUUGGUGGAUUUAAUUGGCCAAAUUGUAAAGGUUAUCGUGAUCCACCGACCGACCAUUACGGAGGUGCACUGGUGCUGCGAACCACCUAUAAGGAGGAAAAAGACUACAAAAGUUUCGACGAACAUUUUUAUAUGGGUGAGUGCCAGCAACCCUAUCACAAAGUAAUGGAUUAUGUGAGUAAAUUCUUAAGUGAAUAUAAUGGAAUCUCAAAAUUUGUUGUGGUUUGGUUGUCAAUGAUAACGCAUGAUUCGGCUAGUGGAUUGUAUCACACUGAUAAGUAUUUUGCUGAUUUCUUUCGUAAACAUAUCGAGAACUUGGAAAAUUCAUUCGUAUUUGUGAUGGGCGAUCACGGAUUACGAUUUGGCGGUAUUCGAAGUACUCCAUUUGGUGAAAUUGAAGAUAACAAUCCAUUGCUUACGGUUGCACUACCAAAAUAUUUGCGUUCAAAUGAACAGCUUAUUUUAAAUUUGAAACAAAAUUCUCGAAGACAUACAUCCCAAUUUGAUUUCUAUGCAACAUUAUAUGAUAUAGCACAAUAUGCAAGGAAAGAUAAUUUCCAAAAAUGGAAUGAACAUGAUUUCAGAAAUGAGUUCGGUGAGAUAAGAGGCGGAAUUCGUGCAAAGAGUUUGCUAAGGCCUAUUUUAUAUGACAGGACGUGUGAAGAAAUGGAAAUUCCAGAUGAAUAUUGUAUUUGUGAACGAAUUUGGCAUAAGUCUGAUAUACAUGGUGAUGAUGCGACAAAAUCUGCGGAAUUUCUCAUCGCUUAUAUCAACGAUUUCUUGAAACAGAGAAAUCUGAGUAGAAUUUGCGAAACACUCUCUUUGAUAGAAGUAAUUUCGGUAGAGUACCUUGAAGGGCGGCCAGUGUUGAAAAUAGUUGUAAAUGCUUCACCGAGUAAUGGAAAAUACGAAGCACAACUGUUGAAGGAGAACGAUAGUUUGAAAAUAAUCACAAAAAUAACUCGAUUGGAUAAGUACGGUGAACAAGGGCAUUGUGCACCCGAUGAAGACGUUCGACCUCUUUGUUACUGUCGGGAACAGCUUUCAACAACUGUGAUGAACCAAUAA